AUGGACUUUCCAAGUAGCAACACUUUGGGCUACGUUGUGGCUCUUCUUUUCAUCAUUGUGUUAUCCACAAAGAUUUCAAGGGCAAGAUCUCCACAGCGUCAAAGUCAUCUUCCACCUAGAGUAGGUGGGAUUACCCUCCUAGCACAAUUACCUACCCUCCUGAAGAAAGGCCUGCCUGCUGUGCUCAAUGAUCUAUAUUUGAAGUAUGGCAGUGUAUUCAUGGUAAGACCCUUUGGACUAAAUGUAACUCUGUUGAUCGGGCCUGAGGUCACGGGUCAUUUCUUUCAAGGCUUGGAAUCAGAAAUUAGCCAUGGAAAUCUGUUUGAGUUCACGGUGCCCAUGUUCGGCAAUACGGUUUUCUAUGGCCGAGACAGUGCUACUCGUGUUGAACAGACCCGCUUCCACAUUGAAGCGCUGAAGCCAUCAAGCUUGAGCAGGCAUGUUUCACCCAUGAUACAAGAAGUGGAGGGAUACUUUGCCAAAUGGGGAAAGGAGGGCAUAGUCAAUCUGAAGUUUGAGUUCGAGCAGAUACUCAUGCUGAUAUCAAGCCGAUGUUUACUCGGAAAGGAGGUCCGGGAAAACAUGUUUGACGAGGUCAACGCACUGCUUCGUGAUCUCGGAAGUGGUGUGUCCUUGAUUAAUUUCUUAUAUCCGUAUCUCCCAACUCCAGCAAACCGCCGGCGUGAUAGAGCACGCAUCAGACUAACUGAAAUACUAUCUGAUGUGGUGGAGUCCCGUAAGAGAUCUGGUGCAGUCGAGGAGGACACACUGCAGAAAUUGAUUGACUCCAAGUAUAAAGAUGGCCAAUCUACAACAGUGGAAGAGGUAGCGGGAUUGAUUAUUGGCUUGCUAUUUGCAGGAGAACAUACAAGCUCUAUCUCAAGUACUUGGACCGGAGCUUGUCUACUCAGCCAUCCGAUAUUCUUGAGGGCCGCCGUUGAGGAGCAAGAGCAAAUCACCAAGAAACACAAGGACAAGCUAGACUACAACGUCCUUUUAGAGAUGGACAUACUUCAUAGUUGCAUCAAAGAGGCGGUAAGGCUCCACCCACCUAUACCACUGCUAGUUCGCAAGGCACAUAAGAACUUCAGGGUGAUGACGAAAGAGGGAAAACAAUAUGAGAUCCCGCAAGAGCACAUCGUAGCUAGUCCUACUGUAGUGAACAAUAGUAUUCCAUAUAUCUACAAGGACCCUGAGUUAUAUGAUCCAUACCGGUUUGGCUCCGAAAGAAGAGAGGACAAAGUCGGUGGAAAGUUUUCUUAUUCAACAUUUGGUGGUGGUCGGCAUGUUUGCAUCGGUGAGGCAUACGCUUACAUGCAAAUUAAAGUUAUAUGGAGCCAUCUUCUCAGGAACUUUGACCUGGAAUUGAUCUCUACUUUCCCCAAGACAGACUCAAGAAAAUUCCUGGCAGAGCCAGAAGGAAAUAUACUUGUAAAAUACAGGAGAAAUGAUUUUCUGGGUCAUGAGCAGUUUGACUCUGAUAGCUUCCUUGAUCCUGAUGUUGAAUUCAGUGAUGCAGAUGCAACCGCACUAUCUACUGUUGUCAAGCGUAAAAGGAAGGGUAAAGGGCUGGAGAAGAUUACCCAAGGGUUGGGAGCCAAGUUUACCAUUGAGAUUCCUGAAGGGAUGAAACGUCCUAAGAAGCCUUUGUCGGCUGCCAAGUUUGCAUUGGAGGGUGGAUUGAUUGCAAGAGACCAGAUGCUAGUCUUUUCGCAUUUCAAUGUGUACAAGAAGGACAAGAAUAUGUUUCCCAACUUCAUUGGGAAAGUGGGGGCAAAUUUCAACAUGGACACGAGUCGGAUGUCAUCAAGAAUGCUUGAUGUGACAUCUCGAAGAACGUGA